UACCGGUAACCACCAAUUACCACAACCGUCACCCGUUCUGCGCCAGGUGUGGUAGACAGCGUCCGCAGAUUAGCCUCGAGGAAUUUAGUUUCCUUGAAGAGAUUUGCAGAAAAACUAGGCCGGAGGAAAGGACCUGGGCUAAGUUAGUGAAUCCAAAGACAAUACACUGGUAUUGUGACGGUCCAGAACCCACCCGUGAGGCCAUUGCAUACGACGAAAGAAUACACAAACAAAUGGACGACGCCAAGAGAAGGGCAAUGAUAAAAUCUCUAGCCGUCGAGCAAAAGAAGACGGGUGAGAUCGUUGUUCCCAGUGUGCCGGGGUCAUCGGGUAAGAGGAAGCAGCCACCCAAGUCCGACCGUCCACUCAAGCAGCCAAAGGUGUCAAUGGAGCCCGUGGUGGGCUUGAUGGCUGAGGGCCCUAAGGCCGUCACCCAAGUUAAACAAGGGGCCGGUAAGGGCCUAAUGCAUGCUCCACCCGUCAGCGAGGAGAAGCCCCCUCCCCUUCUCCGUGAGGACUCGAAGUUCGCUUUGGAGAAGCUUACGUCCAUACUUUCUGCAGAGGAUUAUGAGGAUCUUGGGAAUCAUUCGACGGAGGUGAUGGGGGAGACGGGGUUAUUUGCCGUCGGACAGUCCUUGGUUAUGAUGAAGGGCUUGAUGGACCGCUGCCUCAACCGUGAAGCGGCUCUGGAACGGGUACGGUCAAAACUUGGGCAGACGGAAGAGGAGCUUAGCCAGCUGCACAAGUGGAAGGCCACGAUGGAGCAGAAGUUCGAACUCUCUGAGAAGACGAGAGAAGAACUUGAACAGAGGACGGAGGAGGCUGGGAAGGCCUUGAAGGUUAGAGCAGACGAGGUGAAGGAUCUGAAGAAAAAACUCCGUCAUGCAAGGGAUGACGCCGUCAGCGAAUAUCGCAACUCCGAGUCUUUGUUGAAGGAGCUGGCAGGAUCGUUCCUUCAAGGCUUCGACGAUUCGCUCCGUCAGGUGAAGAAGGCCUACCCAGAUCUGGACUUGUCCAUGAUAACACUAACUGAUCAAGGUCAGACGUCUGCUCUACCCGCCGCCUCCGAAAAUACGGAGGAUCUCUUUGGAGAAGAGGCAGCUCAGGGUGACGGAGAGUCCGCUAUGCCGAAUGAGGUCGCUGUUGUCGACCCCAAUAAAGCAGAGUGAACAAUAUAAUUGUUGAUGAGGAUCCGUCUCCCUUUUUAUGUAUUGUUAAUAACUUGUAGACGGUUUGGUUGAAGUUUCAUUUGUACUGAACAAUGCUUUUCAUUCA